AUGCGACUCCUCCAAGCCCCGCCCGCACUGCUCACGCUUCUCCUCACCACCCUCGCCAGCGCAUCCCCAUAUCCCCGCGAUGAUCUCCGGGAUCUGGGUUUCGGCUAUCUCCAGCCGCGCCAAUGCGCCCAGUAUUGCGGUGCCGACAACGAACAUUGUUGCGCUGCCGAUGAGUCGUGUCACACAUCCUCCGGCAUCGCAGCUUGUACCGCUGUAGACCCCAUCCUCGCCGCCCGCGACUACACCAGCACGUGGACCGUGACGUACACCAGCACCAUCAGCUCCUGGACCGGUCCGACAACCACAGCAGUGCCCAAUGCGAGUGGCGAAAAUUGUAUACCAGAGGCGGGCACUGGCCAGAUAGCGUGUGGUUCCAUCUGUUGCGCCAACUGGCAAUACUGCGCUGCUGAAGGCCAAUGCGCUGCGAACGCCGGCGUUGGCACCUGGACCGAGGUCGUUACCACCGGCGUUCUCACCACAGUCCAGUUCUCAGCCCCGAACAGGCCCACCGGCACCGUCAGCAACACCGGGACUGCAACCGGCACAGCCGAAACCGCAACCUCUACGGGUACGAGCACCGCUACACCCACCCCGGUCGGCAGCACCGCUGGUGCCAGCACCGGCGCCUCUCUGAGCGGCGGCGCCAUUGCGGGCAUCGUCGUGGGCACCAUAGCCGGUAUCAUCCUGCUGCUCCUGCUGUGCUUCUGCUGCAUCGCCAGGGGCCUGUGGGGCGCCUUCGCGGCCAUCUUCGGCGGGGGCAGGAAGAGGAAGACGGAGCGCGUCGAGAUCACCGAAGAGCGUUACUCGCGACACGGCAGUGCCCACGCCGCCGCCGCAGCACGACCCUCGCAUCGCACCUGGUUUGGCGGUGGCGGUGGCGGCGGCCGACCCUCGACAGCCGCCUCCCGCAAGGAGAAGAAAUCUGGUGGUGGCUUGGGCUGGUUGGCUGCUGGUGCCGGUGCCGCCGCUCUGCUUCUCGGCCUGAAGAGACACGAAAAGCACACGGCGUCCAGGCCCAGCGGCAGCCAUAGACCUCCACGAAGUGACUGGAGUAGUUCGUACUACACUGACUCCUAUACUGCGAGCAGCCCUAUUUAA